GCCAGUUCCUGCCCAGUCCUUGCCCUGGGGGCCUGGCACCAGCAGGGCCAGCGUUUCUCCACCAGUGGUGCCAGUGGGCAGAGAAGCCUGGGGACUGCAUCUUUCGGUGAAUAUUGUAGGGCAUACACAGAUUCUGAUGGCCGUGUGUAUUCUGAAAAAUCCUGCCCACAGUUCUGCUGUGGAAACUGCAUCAGUCGAUAUUGCUGCUUGGAUAGGUCUCAUAAACUUGGAGAAGAUGAACAGUUUAUGUGUAACAUGCAAAACAGGACAUAUCAACCCAUGAAGGAAGAAACUUUGAAGUUGCGUUCACACUUCGAUGAUGAUUGGGCACCUGGUCCCAGUUUUGGGACCUUUGUCGCUCUAGGGGUCACCAUCUUCGUGGUGUUUGUCGUCACUCUCAUUCUGUGCUUCACCUGUUCAUGCUGCUGCUUGUAUAAAAUGUGUCGGAGGCAACAGCCUGUUGUGACCACCACAACUGCCACCACAGUGGUUCAUGCACCAUAUCCCCAGUAUCCAGGAGUUCCACCGGGUUACCCAGCAGCACCCUAUCAAGGAUAUCAUCCUGUGCCAGUCCAGCCUCACCAUGGAAUGCCAGCAGCAUACUACCCAACACAGAAUCCUCCGCCCUACCCAACGCAACCCUCAGGACCACCGUCCUACCAUCAGACAGUGGAAGCUGGUGCUGGAUUACCCUACCCAGUCAAUCAACCUCCCUACAAUCCUGCUUACAUGGACCCUCAGAAGCCCACCUAUUGAAUGGAUUUUCUAGUGUGUCUGUGCAUAACAGUUUUCAAAGCUGUUGUUUACACCAUACAGCUGUAGCACAUUUUUUUAAAUGUAGCAGUCCCUCAUCUCUGUAAGGAGAGAAAUCUAAAUCAGUAGCUUUUUAAAAUACACUGAGCUCAGCAAGAAAAAAAAUCACUUGACAUUCACUCAUAUCUCAAGCAGUCAUAACAGAACUUGUUCAAAGUCCAGUGACAAAAGGGUGAAGAGCGAAUAGUUCAAAUAUGAGAACCAGUGUGUUAUGCAAUAAUUUGAAGGGUGUUUGUAAAGAAUGAUCAGAAAAAAAGUUGUCAUAAGUAUCCAAAGCUGUAGCAUUCAUCUGCAUGCUAUUAAUUUGAGAUACUAAUUGUCAGAAAACUUCAGUAAAAUGUGACCUUCCUUUUUUCAAUUUAACACUUACUAAUUUUUUUAAAGGGAAAUUUCCUUUGUUGGAAAAUAAUUGCCUUCAGCAAGGGAUAGUGGAACAUGUUCUAAUAACUUUUUUUCCCCCACACUAGUUGCAUUUGCCUUGUGACAACAGGCCUGGGCUUAAUCUACCCCUUCUAUUCCUUUCUGGUUUUAAAACUUGAAACAUGUCAAGUCACUAGGUGUCUUUUCAUCUCCUUUGUUUAAUUCUUUGUUCUUGGCAAAAAACAUUUAUCAUUCAGUUAAAAAUAUAAAAAAGCUGAAAGUCCAAGGCUGCUGUAUGACAACUAUUGGAUGAGAAUUUGUUUGCUUUAUCAUUGCAAAUAAUGACUCUGUUUUAGUGAUACUGGAAAAAAUAUUCACCUUGACAGAAACAUGCAUUGUCCCUGUGAUGGAAAACAGUUUUUCUCAAAAUUUCAGAAGAGUAGUCUAUGGCCCAGUGUUAAAUCCUUCUCACUUGCAUGUACAGUAGCUACUUCUAAGAAAAGAAGAUGCAUCCAAUAUUCCUGACUACCUCUUGACAUCUUGAAUGUUCCUUUACAGGAACUUUAUAAGGAAAAUACCUUGUCUAUAAAAAUAACUGCUGUACAGCACGUUGAGAUCUUUUCCCCAAAGACCAAAUCCUGCUUUGGUCCACUGGGUUUAAUGAGAGUUUGGACUAAGGAUGGCAGGAUAUGACCACAGAGAAGCAAAGGAGUUGAAUUCAGGGAGAUCGCACAUAGGCAUUUUUCUGCCUAUACAUCCUAAAAGCUUCUUGUCACGAUUUCAGUGGGCUAUAAAAGUCAAAGUCCUGCUUUUCAAAUUCAGAAUUUGUGCUUACCAAUGAUUUUAGGCAGACUGCACAAUCUGAUUUAAAAAAAACCCAAACAACUCAUUUCUUAAAUUGAAAUUAGGCUUUUAUUGUCCAGCAUUAGCGCUAUCUUUAGCUAUUCAGUUACUUUUCUGGUUUCAUUUGUUUAGAGUUGUUUACAAGAGGCUUGUUCUGUACUUGUGAUAGGUUACAUACAUACAUACAUAUAUAUAAAAAAAUCAAAUUUGUAUAGUUGUGAUUUUGUCAAUGAUAAUGUUGUUUAUCAUUUUUCUAGCUGCAAAGUGGUUGUAACAAACUAACCUUCAAAACAGCUUUGGCUGUACUUCCACAUAGUAUCAGGCAUGCAAAUAUAAAUGAAUGAGCAGUCUGUGCCUGGGUUUUUAACCUUCAUUUGAGGUAGUCUUCAGACAAUUUUCAGCAGUUGUCCAGCAUUCUGGUAUGAAGCCUCAUGCUUUCAUUGUAAGACAGCACCAAGGAUAGCACUGUGCUAACAAGAAGAAAUGAGGCUUGGAAGCGUGCACAAAGCAGGGGCGGAGGGAUGCGUUAUACAUGGCAUGUUCCUUUUCUUCCCUGCUCUGCAAACAGAAGAUUGGGUAGCACUUCAGUAUAAAUGCUGCACUUCUGAAGAUACGGUGGAACAGCUGGAGGGGAGAAAAAUGGAGGACUUUGUCGUUUCGGGGGGGGGGGGCAUGAUUAGGAGAGCAGUAGCACAGCAGAGGAGACAAAGACCAUCACAGCAACCAGACUAAGACAGCUGCCAGGGUAGAGGCUGAACAGAAAGGGGCAACUCGUCCACAUGGAUGACCUGAGAUCUGUAGGCCUGGGGCUAGGAUUUUCCCUAGUUCUAAUCUGUGAGAUUAGAAGGUUGUGGCCUCUGCACAUUUGUUCUUUCCCAUGCUCAAAGUGAUAACUCCUUGUGGUACAAUUUUGGACAUAAGAGGAUAAUUUAGGUUUCACCAUUAAAGGGGAGAUUGUGGCACAAGGUUAACUUUGUGUGUAGGCAUAUACCUGGCCUAUGGGAUUCACAAUCCCUAGCCCUGAGAAAAUUGUCCAAAAAAGGAAGAUUCAUAGUAGAGAUAGUAUAGACCAGAUACUAUACAAUGGGCAUUCAGGAUGGUAAGAGAGACAUGCUAUUCUAGGAGAGAGGGAUGUAAUCUGAUUAGGGAUACAGUAGGAAUUUCAUGUGUGGUAUCUUUCUUUCUGUCUAUGUGUUAAUAAGAGCUAUGAGGUACUAAUGAAGAACUGCUUAAUGAAUGAAUUAUUCCUGAAGCUGGAUAUGGUGAAGGAGUGGGAAACAGAUGCAGAUUUGUACAUUUCAUGUUUCAUAGUGGAAGUAUUCAACUUAAUCUCUUAUUCUUAGUGUAUUCAUCAUUAAGAUUAAUAUUGGACCAAAUUCUGUUGUUCCCAUAUAACCUAAUGAGUUCUGUUUCCAUAUAACUUGGGUGUUAAUAACAUGGGUGUCAUUAAAAGCAGAAAUUGGCCCAUGAAGUCUUAUUUUAUGUAUAACAUGCCAGACAAAAGUGGCUUAUGCAAUGCAAAUGUCAAACUGAUAGUGUUAAGGGAGAGGGGAAAUGGAAUUCAAGCUUUAAAUGUUUCCAAAGUGGUGUUUUUUUAUACUCAGUAAGUGCCCUUAUUUAGAAAAUGUCUAGCAAAUUAAAUACAGCAAAAUACUCUGUACUAAUUUACCAUGUAAUUCUUGGUUUUUUUCCUCAAUUAUAACAGUGUUUUAUAUGUAGUUUGUAGCUACAGGUGAGAAGUAUUCAGAAGAACUGGCAUAAAAUCUGUGCACCUAUUUAUAAUAAAUGCAAAUGUUUGAAGUA